GCGGCUGAGGGCCCAUGUGCAGAGGUGACUCGCGUGGAGUCUGCGCUCAGCGGGAAGCUGAGUCGAGGGCCGCGCGGCCCAGAGGUGGUGCAGCUCCGGCGCUCGUCCCGGAGCCAGUUACGGGAAGGGCCUUCCUUUUCCCUGGCCUCCCCGGGGUUUCGCUGCACCGGCGGCGUGGAGCGGCUGUCCAUCUACUCCAGAGCUGAGGAAGGUUUCCAUUUUUCACUUGGAAGGGGAUUUCUCGCAGCCUCCAGCCAUGCGACUGUCUGCUCUGCUGGCCCUGGCAUCCAAGGUCAGUCUGCCUCCUCACUACCGCUAUGGGAUGAACCGCCCAGGCUCCCUGGCAGACAAGAGGAAGAACCCCCCAGGGAAAAGGCGGCGCCCGGUAGUCGUGGAACCCAUCUCUGAUGAAGACUGGCAUCUGUUCUGUGGGGACAUGGUGGAGAUUCUAGAAGGCAAGGAUGCUGGGAAGCAGGGCAAAGUAGUUCAAGUGAUCCGGCAGCGAAACUGGGUGGUCCUGGAAGGGCUGAACACACAUUACCGCUACAUUGGCAAGACCAAGGACUCCCGGGGAACCAUGAUCCCUAGCGAGGCCCCCUUGCUGCACAGCCAGGUCAAACUCGUGGAUCCUGUGGACAGGAAACCCACUGAGAUCGAGUGGAGAUUUUCUGAGGCAGGAGAGCGGGUACGAGUCUCCACAAGAUCGGGGAGGAUUAUCCCUAAACCUGAAUUUCCCAGAGCUGAUGGCAUUGUCCCUGAAACAUGGAUUGAUGGCCCCAAAGACACAUCGGUGGAAGAUGCUCUAGAAAAAACCUAUGUGCCCCGUCUAAAGACACUGGAGGAGGAGGUGAUGGAGGCGAUGGGGAUCCAGGAGACCCGGAGAUACAAGAAAGUCUACUGGUAUUGAGCCUGGGAAGAGCAGCUUCUUCCCAACCUCUGUACCAAAGGCUGGGGCACCUCUUCUUCAGACACCAAUAAAGAGCCAAGAACUGGGCCUA